AUGUCAAGUACAAAAGUCGCCGUUAUAACUGGUGCUAAUAGCGGCGUAGGUUUUGGGACAGCUCAAAGACUCUUGCAACAUUCGGAAAAUAAUCCUACAGAACGCAUAAAACUAGUCUUAGCUUGCCGUAACCCAACACGAGCUGCUAACGCCCGAUCCGCUCUACUCAAAAAGCAUCCCAAAAGUGAUAUUGACAUUGUGAUAGUAGACGUGAGUUUAGUAAAGUCUGUGCUUGCGUGUUGCGCGGAGUUAAAAAAGAAAUAUCGUAAAGUAAAUUGGCUUUUUUGCAAUGCCGGAAUAUUAGCUUGUGAUUAUGUAGAUUUUGGGAUCGCAUGUAAAGAGUUGAUAGUUAAUCCGAAAAGGCUGUUAACAGAAACCAGAUGUGUUAUACAGCCAAAAGGAUGUAUUACUAGCGAAGGACUUGGGGAAACUUUUGCGUGCAAUAUUUUUGGUCAUUACGUAAUGAUUCAUGAACUUGAAGAUUUACUUGCUGCUUCUGAAGAGGCCCGUAUUAUAUGGACAGGUUCCAGUACAUCGGCAAAAGGCUAUUAUAACGCGCAAGAUUAUCAAGGUUUAAUAAGCAAAUUCCCCUAUGAGGCUUCAAAGUAUAUGGCAGAUCUGAUUGCGAUCGCGCUCAAUUCACGCAUGAAUUAUCGUAAUAUUUAUACGUUUGUAACUCAUCCAGGCGUAGUUGCCACCGAUAUUAUGAAGGAUCAUUUAAACUGGUUUAUGGCAAAGGCAAUGCACACUGCUUUAUACAUGUCUAGAUUUUUAGGAGUAAAUGAACAAACUGUGACUAGUUGGAAUGGCUCGUUCUCGAAUUACUAUGUAGCCACUAGCAAACCAACCGAAUCACUGAAACUGACAGUAAAAUAUGGAUCGUACAUAAAACCAUGGGGUACGAUUUAUGUUCAUGAAGAUCCAAUGGAUUAUUACGAUGAAAAAGAAGCCCAGGAUCUAUUGAAUAAAUUGGAUGCAUUGUUGGCAGAGUUUCUUAUAAAAUAUCGAAGUUAG